AGCAGCAGGGAUAUACGGGCUCUAAUCCCCGCAGACUGCUCCUUCAGUGCGGGUUGGGGCCGGGCCGGUCAGAUGCGUGCGUGCUGAGCAGGACUGGAGAUGGGAGCCUUCAGCAGCAGACAGAACAUCGGCCUGGAAGAAGUGGACAUCCCGUCCAGCUCCGUGUACCGGUACCCCCCCAAAGCCGGGAGUUACUUCGCCAGCCAUUUCAUCAUGGGAGGAGAGAAGUUUGACUCCACCCAUCCGGAGGGUUACCUGUUUGGGGAAAACACAGACCUUAACUUCCUGGGGACCAGACCUGUGGCGUUCCCGUACGCAGCCCCUCCACCUCAGGAACCAGUUAAGACGUUAAGAAGCCUCAUAAACAUCCGUAAGGACACGCUGCGGCUCGUACGGUGCAGCGAGGACCUGAAGCUGCCGGGUGACGAGGCGGCGGGGAAGAACCGGGCCUGCUACAACGUAGAGUUCACCUUCGACGCUGACACCCAGGUGGCCAUAACCAUCUACUACCAGGCCAUAGAGGAGUUUCACAAUGGAGUGCCAGUUUACUUGCCCCAGGACAGCUCUCUGCAGUCGGAGACGGUGCACUUCAAACGGGGAGUGUGCCAGCAGUUCUGUCUGCCCUCACACACCGUCAACCUCAGCGAGUGGGCUGACGAGGAGCUGCUGUUCGACAUGGACAAAGAGGUUUUCCCCAUGGUGGUGCAGGCUGUCGUAGACGAGGGGGAAGAACAUUUGGGCCACUCUCACAUACUGCUGGCUACAUUUGAAAAGCACAUGGAUGGGAGCUACUGUGUGAAGCCUCUGAAGCAGAAACAAGUGGUGGAUGGAGUGAGUUAUCUACUGCAGGAGAUCUACGGGAUAGAGAACAAAUACAACAGCCAAGAAUCAAAGGUUGCUGAUGAUGAGAUCAGUGACAACAGUGCUGAGUGUGUGGUGUGUUUGUCGGAUGUGCGAGACACACUCAUCCUGCCGUGCCGACACCUGUGUCUCUGCAACGCCUGCGCAGACACUCUGCGCUACCAGGCCAACUGCUGCCCCAUCUGCAGACUGCCGUUCAGAGCUCUGCUGCAGAUCCGAGCCAUGAGGAAGAAGCUCAGUCCUCUGUCGCCUUCCAACUUUAACCCCGUCAUCACUUCACAGACCUCUGACUCGGAGGAACACUCGGCGUCGGAGCACAUCCCUCCAGGAUACGAGGUGGUGUCUCUCCUGGAGGCUUUGAACGGCCCCCUCAACACCUCCUCCGUGGAUCCUCCUCCUCUCCACUCCGGACCCAGCCACGUCUCCGGAGUGCUGCCCCCGUACAGCAGUGAGCCUCACCCGGCACCGGCCCGCUCCCUCUCCCCUCUAGACCACUCCAACUCCAGUCAGGGACUCAAACUCAAGAAGAGUGGUUCAAAGUCACUCUCCCAGAAUUCCUCUGUGCUUCCUGAGGAGGAGGAUGAGAAGUCCUGCAGUGAAUCGGAGGCCUGCCGCCACAAACUCGCCGUGGACCAGCAGGAGAGUGGAGUGACUCCAGACAGCGAGAACCUGACUCUGUCCUCGUCCGGAGCAAUCGACCAGUCGUCCUGCACGGGAACCCCGCUCUCCUCCACCAUCACCUCUCCUGAAGACCCAGUGAGCUGCAGCCUGGUCCAGUCAGUGAUGUCCAUGGCCUCGUCCCACUCGCAGCACUCCCACAUCAGCACUGACACCAUGUCCUCCAUGUCAGGGUCCUACCUGGCCGGGGCCGAAGGCGAGCCCGGGGGGGACGAGGGGGGAGAUGCUGAGGGCGAGGAGAACCAGGACACCCCCAUGGAGAGCCGAGGACCGUCGCAGCAGGACGGGGAGUUUCCCCCGGAGCCAAAGGAACAAAACUACUCGGUGGCAGUAGACGAGCAGGACUCAGAGGGAAACGAUGUCACUGAAGACGACUGCUCCUCACCGUCUAAUGGGAAAGGUGGGCGGAGCAGGUGUCCAGAGUUGGCCAAUAACAAUCAGGGCGUCGCCCUCUGUGACACGCCCUCUUUGGGGUUGGAUAAUGAGCAGGCUCCCGACAGCCGAUUCGCCGGUCUGAUGUACCUCGGAGGCUACAGGCCUGUUCUGGAGCCCCUCCCCCACCACACCUCCACCAGCAACAUCAACCUGGAGGAGCAGGGGCCCGAGAACAGGGACGGCCAGAGUCCUAAACAUCCCCGCCGCGGACCACUCAUUGUGUAACACACUCUAAACAAACACACACACCAAAACACACAGACUUCUCCGUCCAGAGUCAGCUCUUCUUCUUCUUCUUCUUCUUCUUCUUCUUCUUCUUCUUCUUCUUCUUCUUCUUCUUCUUCUUCUUCUUCUUCUUCUUCUUCUUCUUCUUCUUCUUCUUCUUACCCUGCCGUAGUGCUGCAUCGUUGGAUACUGUCCUCACUGAGCAGGGACCCCCCUCCCCACUUUAAACUCGUAGAAAGAGCAACAGAGGGGCAUCACAUGUCUGUCGUCUGUGCACUUUUAUCUCACAGGAGUUUCUUUGUUUUUUUUGUCUGUGACCUUAUUUGUUGUGGGAUUUGUUAACCUACGUUAUUAUUUAUUACAUGUACGUCUCACUAAUGAGAGCUGUGUAUCGUGACACUAUCUCUAGACAAAUACAUGCUGCUCCUUUCCUCUCCUCCCCUCUAUUACCAGCCAAACAGUCAGGGGCUACUGUGAUGGGCAAUCUGAAUUAAUACUAAUGAACUUCUUCUUCUUCUCUCUUAUAAACUGUAUGUUGAACGAGUGUUUGUACACUAUUUAAAAGUCAGCUCACACCGGACUACCUUACCUUAGCGAACUGAAACCUGCUGACUCCUCUCUUCGGAUCAGGGAGCUCCCUCCUCAACUUUCGCAUGCAGCUUUUCGACCUCUGCUGAUGUUUUCCCUCUCAUUCCCGCCAUGAUUUUUGAAACAACCUCUGCUGAAUGUGAACACAGAAGCGGUCGGACUUGUAAGGCGGCGAACAAGUUAAAAAAAUGCUGGCCAAAAUGAACAGAAAUGGACUGACAACAAAACAAAAAAAAGACUUCUUCACAUAGAAUGUAGGGCGAUGAAGUGGAACGUAAGAGACAAUUGAAUUGUCAUCUAAACUGGAAUGAAACAUGAACUUCGAACCCUAAACUGGUUCUCCAAACACACACACACACACACACACACACACACACACACACACACACACACACACACACACACACACACACACACACACACACACACGCACGCACACACACACGACACGCCAUCCUCUCCUUCUGCAACUCCAUCUUAGCAUGUCAGUGUUAGCAUAUUGCAACUGGAAACCAACAAGAACAACCAAGCAAUAAAGAUGCCGAAGCUGGGUCUCCUGCUGGAGGACGCUCAUGUGCAGUUCAAACAAAAACUGUGUUUGCACUGGCCUGUUGCAUUCAAAUCCAGACAUUUCAAUGUGUUUAAUUGUUUUUUUUAUUUAGAAUUUUGCCAUUUCAUUUGUGAGAAAAACAUCAUACAUAUAAUUUUAAAACCUAAACGUGAGAUUUAGGCCGCACUGUGGUUAGCUGGCAUUUUGUUCAUCCUCAUAUUAACAUCACCUCGACGAGCCCUUUUUAUCCUCGUUCGUGAAGCUUUUAGUUGUUUUUGUUUUGUAUAACUUUAAUGUAUAUCUCACCAGUUGUUGAUGUUCUCUGUUACCGUGUUUUAAUUUGUUGCAAAAACACUGUGUUGUUUGCUAGAAUGUGAAUGAAAACGAUGAAAAGGUUUACACACUUGUGCACACAUGGCGCUCACAUAACGAAAACUGAAAAAAAAGGGACAAUAUCAACAUUUAAUGCACUAUUCUCUGUUUCCUAGACGACACACUUUGCGGUGCAUGAGGCGAUUGUAGAGUAAGCAUGUUAGUCUAGGUCAGCCUGCACCCUUCUGUAGAAUACUGGAUGAUGGAUCACUGCAUACACAAAAAGCCGGACCAAUAUCCUUCUGCAGUGUUAUUUAUCGAUUGCUGACUCCCUAUUCCCUUUGACCCGAACUGUUACAGUCAAAAGGACUGCACUACUAUAUCCAAGCUGCAAACAGUCAUGUGAUCACAGUCCAAAUGUGUAGAUGAAGCCGUUCUCUGGCACCAGUCACAGUAUGAUAUCAAAGGAACGGGUCCGGAAUCUGCAAGACCACCACUUUUCUAGAACUAUGGGUGAAAGUGUCAAAGACAACAUCAGACGGACAAUAAAGUUUUUUGCAACUAAAUCGUCAGAGUGAUGUAAUGUUGAUUUAAAAUGGGAAACUCAU